CAGAUGAUAUAUAAAAAUCAGGAAUCCGUGAAUAGCUAAACAACCCAAUUUCCGUAAAGCGCCCUUAUUCUACGCGGCUCUUAAUUCUGCGCACUUCGUAUUAAAAUGUUAACAAAAUAUCAAUUCAAAGCAGAUUUUCGAAAAUGAUGAUUGGAAGUGGUUUCCUAUAUAAUAACUGUCAACUUUUUGCUUAUGUUUGCUUUUUUACUAAAAGGCAUCAACAUUUCGAUAGGAAGUGCGCAGAAUUAGGAGCCGCACAGAAUUAGGGCGCCUCACGGUAUUAUCUACAACUUUUUCGAAGACAUCACACCUGUCAAACAAACCGUUUCUGCCCCAAAUAUAUUUGUAAUCAUCAAUACCUUCCCAAAAUAGCAUUUUUAAAUAGCUUCUCAAAAAUAAGUCGUUCCAAAAAAUUAAACUUAUAGCACGAAAUGGCAUCUUUUGCCUAUAGAAACGUCUAGGCAAAGUUUCAGUCAAAUAAAAAAUGACAAUUAAUAAAAAAAAUACUAAAACUGAGACAUUUUUGUGGAACUGCUCAAUUCGCGUUGACGGCGUUGAAAGAGAUUUCUAAGGCUGCUCGCACCUACGUGAACUCUCAUAUGUAAUUGUCAAAAUGUGUGUGACGACAAGAGCAAAAAUAUUUCCUUGCUUUUUUUUUUCGCAUGCAAAAACCAAACAAAUAUCAGCAACACCGUCAACGCGAAUAGCAACACUGCAAUCAACCGUGUUGAUUUUCAAAAGGGGAUGUUCUUUUCAGCUAACGUGCCGCGCACUUUCAGAGGAUUAAUAUUUCGCUUUACAGACCUUACUCACCUUAACUAAUAGUAUAUCUUGAUUGUAACAUUUGACAUUAAUAAUAAAAUAGCUAGUGAUCUUUAAAACAGCGAUGACCGACACUGUUAAAUUUACACAAAUGAAUUUAAAAUCAAACGUAAAAAGCUCGGUAAAAAGCGAUUAGGGAUGUGCGAUACUUUAUCGAUACCGAAGGUAUCGAUGCUUUUCUUUCGAUAUAUCGAGCAAUAUUAUCGGAUAUCGAUAUAUUAUCAUUUGAUACUUGAAAAAUAUCGGAAGAAAUCGCGUGACGGUGUGGCUGAUAUUUGUGUGGUUACUUAAUGUGAACAAGAAGGAAGAAAAUUUUCUUUUGUUAUCACGUUCAUCAGGACAAUUACAUAACAGAUUUCCCGUAGGUGCGAACGUUUAACACCGUUAACGUUAGUUUGUGUAAUUUUAUCAAAACUUCCAGUGCUAUCAACGAACUGAAAAAAUUGUAACGCAAAUUGGUUUUUGUGAAAAUGGCGCCUACAAAAAGUGGAGCUUGGUCGUUCUUUCAAAAAUUGGACGGAAAGCGUGCAAAGUGCACAAGACGUGUGAACAAAAAAGAAGUUGUUUAUUCCGGGAACACAAGCAAUUUGUGGAAACAUUUGGAAGUUUACCACGGCAUUGAACAACUCAAGAAGAAACCACAAAACGCAUCUGAAAGGGGAAGUGCCAUUAGUUCGUCAAAAACUUCAAAUUCGUCAAAGGAUUUGGAUACUGCAAAGCCAUCCUCGAGUGUAACCGUAACGAUCUCGCAAGAAGAUAAACCUGACGAGCCACUGCAACCGACAUUGGAAACCCUUUUUGCCAGGCGAAAGGCUUAUGAUGAAGGUGGCCAACGCUUCAAAGAAAUUCUGGAAGGCUUGCUGUUCAUGGUGUGCAAGGACAAUUUAUGUCUAUCCACACCGGGAAAAGAGGGCUUUCGACACUUUAUGAAAAUAGCUGCACCUCUUUGGCAACUUCCUAGCCGAAAAACUUUCACGUCUCUCAUGGAAACGAGAUACUGUGACAUCAGUGCCUAUAUUCGUAAAAGUCUGUUACGAAUCCCUUCCGUCUGUAUCACUAUGGACUGUUGGACAGAGCGACACCAAACAAACAGCUUUUUAGGCAUGACUGUUCAUUAUGCUGAGGGCAAUGAAAUGAAAUCUAUUGUACUGGGCGUCGAGUAUUUGACAGAAUCCCACACGGCUGAUUAUUUACAAAAAAAGAUGUUGGGGCUCCUCGCGUUGUGGGAUAUUGAACCAAGCAAAGUCAGUUUGGUUAUAACGGACAAUGCUGCAAACAUUACCAAAGCCUGUGUACAGGCCUUUGGUAAAUCAAAACAUGUGCCAUGCUUUGCACAUACCAUAAAUCUGAUACCAGCAAAUGCACUGGGUUUCAAGCAAGUCAACAGUCAACCUGUGCCGUAUGUUCCUGGUAUUCCAGACAUAAUUCGAAAAUUAAAAAAUAUAGUUACGCUUUCUAACCGUAAACAAAACUUCUCUGAUGAAAUCAAGCGACUUCAGAGAGAGAAAGGAGUUCCAGAGGGACAGUAACGGCGAUUGCAACAAGACGUGACAACCAGGUGGAGUUCCACAUACAUAAUGAUCAAAUCUUAUUUAGAAAUGUUAUCAACGAUAACUCUGGCUGCUUUAAAAUUUCCCGAAGUAGACGUAUUGUCAGGGCUAGAAGUAGCCACUUUAACUCCAAUCAAAAACGUAUUGUGUCCUUUCGCGCUUGCAACGGAGGAAAUAUCUGCAGAAAAACACACUACAGCCAGCAAAGUAAUACCCAUGGUCAAAAUGAUAACUAGUAAAGUAGAAGCGGUGGAAAUAACAGCCGACGACGCUCUUGCCCAAAAGUUCAAAAAUUUUGUUCUAAAGGAACUGAAAGGGCGAUGUGACGAUAUAGAAAAUAACAUGGCUCUUGCGUUGGCAUCGUUGCUUGAUCCUCGCUUUAUGUGAUGACCAAAUUGCAUCAUACGUAUGGAUCCGACAAUUGGUAUUAAUUUUUUUUUGACUUCACUACGGUAUCUGUAUUCACUACAUCUGCCCCCGGCCGUACUCUUCAGAUUUAUAAAUUGAAAUAUUUAUUCGUUGCUAAGUUUUUUUUGACGUGGGACUACGUCUUUGUUUACUAUACUGGGAUGCAUUCUGUAAAAUUGGAAAUGAAACUGGCAAAUGUUGCGUCAGAUUUCAAACGUUAAUAACAGCAUAACCACAUGAUGGAUAACAAUAACCAAUAUGUUGUUGGAUAGAUAAAAUGUGUAACAAUUUUAUAACAUGCUAGUUAUCAUUAUUAUUCCACUGCUCAAUGGUGAAAAGUGAUAAAAAGUUACAGGAAAACUUACGCGAACAAUGAACCAAUUACAUGCGAGCAUUCCUAGCACAGACACCGUGAAUGGACACCAUCCGUUCCCCGUGAUAUUCUAUGUAUCAAUAUCGAUAUAAAAAUUGACAGAAUCUCCCCAUCCCAAUAGGUCAAUUUAUGUUUGCUUCCAUGAGCUUAAACUAAAAUGAUGUCUCGAAGAACCUAAUAAAAACUGAUGUCUUGAAAGAAAACAUGCCGGUAAAAGCAGUACCAGUAUCAGUGAAGUAAAGAACCGCAGGUAUCUCGUCGUUUAUGAUUGCAGCGGUACUCUUCUAUUCGUACAUUUCAGCGGAACACUUCUAUUCAUACUGCAGCGGUACUAUUCGUAUUGCAGUGGUACACUUAUGUUCGAACAUUUCUAUUUGUGUGCAAUCGAGGAAAAACUGCAAUGCUGCUGUUGAUGGUGAUUUAUCUCAUAAAUAUGAUUACCAUAAACUAUUCAACAAGAAUUGUAAAUUUUUGCAGCGGAUAUUUAUUCAAUUUUAUCUUCGUUAUUCACUAAAUAAUUGUGACCGGAUGGUAUCGAAAGAGUAAAUUCCACAUAUACACAUUUAUAGAAGAGUAGGUGCCUGCAAAUGCCUGUGAAUUUUUGGUUUAUUUACUAAGAUUCUCUUUUAAUUUUUAUUUACUAAGAAUCUCUUUUUACAUUUCAAAAUUGUUAGAUGAUAUUUUAUUAUUUAUUUAUUAUUUACAAAUUACCAACAGGCAGAAAUAGCCCUAGUGGUUACUAAAGCAUUAUUAAACUAAUACAUCAAUACAAUAAACUACGGAACAUUGAAACAAAUUUAGACCUGAUGACGCGAGCAGACAGAUGAAAAUCGAACACUUGUGAAACACGACUGAACGCUUUUUGAAGGCCAAUAAUGGCACUGUUUUCGCUGUAGUUGGUGCGGCGGAAUGGAAUGUGAAGCAAUGAAACUCUGCGUAAUACUCUUGAGGGUGCGUUUAAAUUGAUCUGACGGAGAAUUGUAAGGCAAUCAAUCCUAGCGGUGAGGGCGUCGGAGACCACCAUGGCGCGUGCAGUUUCUCGGCGCAGUUGAAGUGUGUCAAUAUGAAGGAGCUGACAACGGUCUUCGUACCGAGUAUUCCGCAUAGGCUGUCUCCAAGGGAGCAAACGGAGUGCAUAGCGAAUAAACCGAUGCUGGAUGCUUUCGAUGCGAUGAAUUGCGUUGUUGAAAUGAGGGACCCAAACUGGAUAGCAGUAUUCCAGACAGGACCGAACCAGUGAAAUGUAAAGAGAAACCAAGCAGUGAAUGUUCCUGAAGUCGCGUGUCAUUCGAAUAAUCAGUCCCAACUGCCUGGAAGCUUUCGCAACGAUGAAGGAGACAUGUUGCUUAAAUGUGAUUUUAGCGUCGAGAAUAACUCCUAGAUCUUUAACAUGGUCUACACACUGUAAUGGUGCGCCGUUCAGAUUAUACUCGAAACUCAGUGGGUUGUUUUUCUUCGUGAAAGUAAUUAUUUGGCACUUGGUGUGAUUAAGAACCAUGCGAUUCAGUUCACACCAGUGUGAAAAUUCGUUUAAUUGUUGUUGCAGAAAAUUCAAAGCUUUACCAUAAUAAACGUAUGUAUAUUAGCAGUCUUCGUAAUACAGCGAAUGUAGUUGUAGGUAAAUGAAAAAAAUUGUUAAGCAAAAAACAAAAAUGGAAUUGUUGAUUGUUACGGUUUUUUGCUGGAACUUGCUAUUAAUUUUGUUUAACAUAUCUUCUUAUGUCUGCCAAUUAAUGAACCUUUGUAAGGGCUUCUAUAUUAUUUUGAAAGUAAGAACCAUAUUAUAGAUUUGAUUUAAUCAGAGGUAAAUAAGACAAAAGCAUUUAUUAUAAUAACGUAAGUAUUAUUGGAUUUGGUGUUCGAGGAUAUAGAGUUAAUUCUCACUUUGACGCAUUACGAAAAAUUCUUGGUACUCUUUCAACAAGAACGAUAUGCUUGUGCCUUGUUAAAUACAUGUUGUUUGCACAAAAAAUACUACAGGCUAAUACUAAUAUCGCCAAAUAUAUACGAUAUUCUUUCGAGUGUUGUUGAAUAUAUUUCAAAAAAUUGAUUUCCAGGGGAGGCUGUAAAUAAAAAUACGCACAGUCGCUGAGCAAACACCUUGAUUCUGUCAGCAUGCUCUGUAUAUUUUGUAACAAAAAAUCCCCUAAUUACAGUGUUUAGUCCCACGUCACCAUUUUAUACAACCCUAGUGCUGUAUACCUUGUAGUAUUUAGGUUUUGAAAAAAAAAUAUUUUAGU